UUAAGAGAAGAGAGGAAAGCACAUCAGCAAAUGAACAUGUUCUCCUGUUUGUGAGGUUGUCUAGUAUAAAUGGACACGACAGGGAUUUGUGGAUUGUAACUUUUCUAAAGAUGGACAACAUGCUUGCUAACUACUCGACUAAAAAUGAAAACACUUUUGAAGUAAAUACUUCACAGCCUUCAAAUGGGUCACUUGAAACAAACUCAUCUCACUGUGACAAUGUUACGAUAUCGGAGUAUCAGUUUAGCCUUAUUCCAGUUGUUUACAGCCUUAUCUUCAUUAUUGGCUUUACAGGAAACAGUAUAGUGGUCACAAUUUUAUACAAAUGUAUUGGUUUAAAAACAGUUGCCAGCAUAUAUAUUUUCAAUCUGGCCAUUGCAGACUUAGUCUGCCUUGCCAGCCUUCCACUCUGGGCUGUCUAUUAUGCUUUGAACUAUGACUGGAUCUUUGGCUCAGUGAUGUGCAAAAUUUGUGGCUUCCUCUUUCCACUUAAUAUAUAUGCUAGUAUAUUUUUUAUCACCUGCAUGAGUAUGGAUCGAUACUUGGCUAUUGUUUAUCCUUUUCUGUCUCAACGAAGAAGAAAUGUAUGCCAGGCUCGUUUUGUUUCAGUUGCAGUUUGGCUUCUGGCUUGUUGUUCCUCAAUUCCAGCAAUUUAUUUCCGUGAGACACGCUAUCUGGAGAAUCUGAGAGUCACCGCCUGCAUCAUGAAUUUACCAGAAGAAAAUAAUGUGUGGUUUGCUGGACUGGCCUUAAUGAAAAAUACCUUGGGGUUCCUGAUUCCUUUGACAAUGAUGGGCAUUUGUUACAUCAGAAUUGGUGUUCAUCUAAUGAAACCUCAAGCACUCGAGAAUAACAGAAAUCAGAACAGAGAUCACAUUCUUCUGAUGUUAAUUGCAGUAGUUGUAGUAUUCUUCACUUGUUGGCUUCCAUUUCAUAUUCUUACUUUUCUUGAUGCUCUGAUUAGUAUUAAUGUAAUAACUAGCUGUGAUUUGAAAAACACCAUUGACCCUCUGCUUAUGUAUGCAAUUUGUCUUGCAUUAUCCAACAGCUGCAUUAAUCCUUUUUUGUACUACUUUAUUGGAAAAGACUUUAAGACUGAGUUCCGUCGUUUAUCUUCUGACAAGAUGGCUUCCAGUUUAGGCAGCAGGAGAAGCUCAACCACUCGAUACAGUUCUUUUUCAAGGAAAGGGAGUGAUGCUAGAGAUGCUGUCAUACAUGCUAAUUGCAUAAAAGUGGGAGAGAGCUGAAGUACCAUUCAUUUGAAUGGAAGAUGAGGUAUAACAUCAUUUUUUCUUUGAGGUUUUGAUAUCUUCUGCUUCUGAUUACUCUAAAAGUAAGAACAAAACCUCAUACCAGAUGUUGAGCAUAUGGUCCAUGAUCUUGAAUUGCACGCCACACUGUACCAUUGUUGCAAAGUUCCCUUGCUAGAGACAGUUAAAAGGGCAUACACUUCCAAUGUUAUGUAUUUACAUAUACAGUUAUUGUUUAUGUAGUGGAUUGUCUUGUACACCUCGGCCUUUUUAUGAGUUUUCAGGUCCUUCAGGAAUUCUAUUUCCAAUCACUAGCCUCAUAAUAUAAUUCUAAAUGUUGAAUUGUUUUAUAGACACAGAUACUCUUGAAGCUGCAGUGGUAAUAAAUUAAAAUAUUCAUUGUGGUUGGUACAUUAUCCUAAAAAUUUCACUAAAGCAUUCCACUCAAUUAAAUAUUUGCUGCAGUGACAUUGUAUACAUACUUAUGACAUUGAUUUGUAUGUGUAUAUAGUCCAGGGAUGUUAAACUAUGAAGCUUUAUUUUUUAUGAUUACAUUUAAAUCUUUUCACUAACUAGAAUUUCAGAGCACUGCAUUUUGGACUACAAUUUAGAAGGUUAAGGAGGAAAGCUCUAAUUGUUAAUGUAUGUAUUUCUUUCAUGUCUGCAUAUAUUUAUAUUUUAUGUUAAAAUGUUAAAGGAAAUGUAAGUAUAAAAGUGCUUGCAGCAGUGAUAAUAGACUUUGAAUGCUGCUUUCUUAUUAACAGUCAUUCAUUUGAAAAGUUUAGUUUGUCUGGGUAGUCCUGAUUCUAAGUACAAUGAUACAGGGUUUUAUAACAUUUUGGAGUGGGAUUCAGAAACCAUGUUUUGUUUAGCGUAAAUGAGUUACAUGAGUACAAUAUCUGUUUACAAAAUACUUUUUCAACAGAGUACAUCAGUUAUGCUUACAGUUUUCUGAAUCCCACUGCUGUGUUGAUUUAUUCUGCAUAUGAAAUUUGUAUAAAUCAUUAGAACUAUCAUACAGAAAUGGGUAUACACACAGGCAGAGGAAAACACUGCAUUUAUUUUAAAAAAAAUUCACAAGAGUUGGAAAUCUGCCUAUGUCAUACUAAAAGCAUAAUGGUCAUAAAUAUAUUAAAACUACUGUAGCUUUGGCUGACAUUUAAGUGAUUAUGAAUUAAUGAUUUGCAAAUAAAUCACUUAAAGUGUGUUUGGUGCUUAUUUUACAAUGUACUCAUGAUGUAUAUUGUUUAGUAGAUAAAUUAUAUUAUGUAGGUUUUAAAAAUAUAUUUUGUGUUAUCAGAAAACUAACAAGGUACUCCAAAUGUUUUUUUUUUCAUUCUAAAUUUAGUCAACCUCUUGUAAUAAGAGCUUAGGCUAUUCAUACAUUUUGAAACCAGGAGUCUAAACAAUUAAAACAACACAAUAAAAAUAACCAAAGUCAUAAUUCAUUGGUUGUCACUUGCAAUAUUUCACAGACAUCAUGGCAUCAUUUUACAUUCCAUUCUCUGAAUAGUAAUGCAUGUUGAUCAUCAACUGUAAGUUAAUGAUUUGCAAAUAAAUCAUUGAAAAUU